CACGCACACGCACACACACACACACAUAUAUAUAUAUAUCGCUCGUCCUCGUUCGCCGAUUAUCCGCCGCUAAUCCGAGCCACCUGUCAGAUCGCCGAUUUGAAAUUACCGGCCCUUACGACGCAUCCAAUAGGUAAAAUGAUGUCCUUAAAAAUCGUCGCUUGCGCAAUAGUAGCACUCGUUGUAUUCGUUGACUGGUCCACGCCACUUCCAGCAGGAGAUAAAGAGGCGCUUAUGAACGGGCUCAACUUACAGAUGGUAGGAGACGAGGAGGGGGCAGCUAUCGAGAGGGACCUACUUAACUACCUGGUAGGCAGGAGGUUCGUGAAGCGCCUACGGAGCCAAGUAGACGUUGAUGAUUUGCAACGCAAGCGCAAUUAUUGGAGGCAGUGCGCUUUUAAUGCCGUAUCCUGUUUCGGAAAGUGAAAUGAUGAAUACGCUUGAUACGUUCACGGCGGCGCGUUAAGGGCUGAACAUAGUGAAGAGAUUGGGGUGGUGGCCAUUGCCACUGCUGGUGGAUUGAAAAAGGCGCCGUUGCUGAUAUAAUGUUGCUUCCUAACAAUGCCUCGGAAAUAAUUAUUAUUCGGUGUUGUUUAAAAUACGACUUCUUCAUUGAAAGCACGCGUUACUUAUUAUUCCCUAUGAAUUAAAAAUUAUAGAUAAAUUUGCAAUUCAUCCGAGUAGUAUUUUACUUUAUGUGGUUGGGAUACGUGAAUAGUUUCUGUUUGAAUCCUUGAGUGUUACAUAGUUUAAAAUCAUCGAAAAUGUAACUUUUUAUGCGGGUAUUUCAAACGGUUACUGUAGAUGAGUUUGUUUGCAAAGUACACGUAAUGUGGUGUAGUUUAAAUAGUUUUUCCUAUAGUAUUUAUAGAU